AACCAGGUACAAGCUAAUACUCAACAAUACUGAUGCCUUGUUUUUUUUGCUCUGUCCGGACCGCAAAGCUGUAGCCAAUUUAGAUAUGCUAUAAAUUUAAGAGGUUGCCAUGGCCACCGCGCGCCCAUUGGCCGCCGGGCCCCCUACGUGCCGCGCCACGUCACCAAAUCUGAAUAAGGAUGCGCGAAUUAGGCGGCGGCCAGACAAAGAUGAGGAUCGGGACCGCUUGAAAGUGGGGGAAAGUGCCGGCGCCUCCGCCACCGGGGAAAGCCGCUCGGCAGAGCCGAGGCCAGCAGCCACCCAAGAUAUACUGGGGCGCGCGGCCCGGGGCAUGAGGCUGUGAAAGCCACCAGUCCCCACCCCACCGCGGGCAGCCUAGCGCCAGGCCCAGCAUUCACCCGAGGACUUGACCGGCUGAGUCUUGGUUCGGACCGGACUCGCCCGGCGGCGGCCGAGAGGAGAAGCAGACAGCAGCGGCGGGGCCGGGGGCCCGAGGGCCGGGGGCCCGAAGGGAGGUCGAGGCGGCCCGAGCCGCCGGGGCGCGGGGCUAUGAUGGUGCACUGUGCCGGUUGCGAGCGGCCCAUCCUCGAUCGCUUUCUGCUGAACGUGCUGGACCGCGCGUGGCAUAUCAAAUGCGUUCAGUGCUGCGAGUGUAAAACCAACCUCUCGGAGAAGUGCUUCUCACGCGAGGGCAAGCUCUACUGCAAAAAUGACUUCUUCAGGCGCUUUGGCACCAAGUGUGCAGGCUGUGCGCAAGGCAUCUCGCCCAGCGACCUGGUACGCAAGGCCCGCAGCAAAGUCUUCCACCUCAACUGCUUCACCUGCAUGGUCUGCAACAAGCAGCUCUCCACGGGCGAGGAACUCUAUGUCAUCGACGAGAACAAGUUCGUGUGCAAGGACGACUACCUGAGCUCGUCCAGCCUCAAGGAGGGCAGCCUCAACUCGGUGUCGUCCUGUACGGACCGCAGCUUGUCCCCGGAUCUCCAGGAUCCACUCCAGGACGAUCCCAAGGAGACCGACAACUCGACGUCGUCGGACAAGGAGACGGCCAACAACGAGAACGAGGAGCAGAACUCGGGCACCAAGCGGCGUGGCCCGCGCACCACCAUCAAAGCCAAACAGCUGGAGACGCUGAAGGCCGCCUUCGCCGCCACGCCCAAGCCCACGCGCCACAUCCGCGAGCAGCUGGCGCAGGAGACCGGCCUCAACAUGCGCGUCAUCCAGGUGUGGUUCCAGAACCGAAGGUCCAAAGAACGCCGGAUGAAACAGCUGAGUGCCCUGGGCGCCCGGAGACACGCCUUCUUCCGGAGUCCGAGGCGCAUGCGUCCGCUGGGCGGUCGCUUGGACGAGUCGGAGAUGUUAGGGUCUACUCCGUAUACCUACUACGGAGACUACCAAGGAGACUACUACGCGCCAGGGGGCAACUAUGACUUCUUUGCGCACGGCCCGCCGUCGCAGGCUCAGUCCCCGGCCGACUCGAGCUUCCUGGCCGCCUCCGGGCCCGGCUCGACGCCGCUGGGCGCGCUGGAGCCGCCGAUCGCCGGCCCGCACGCCGCCGACAACCCCAGGUUCACCGACAUGAUCUCGCACCCGGACACGCCGAGCCCCGAGCCGGGCCUGCCGGGCUCUCUGCACCCUAUGCCGGGCGAGGUGUUCAGCGGCGGCCCCAGCCCCCCCUUCCCCAUGAGCGGCACCACCGGCUACAGCGGACCCCUGUCGCACCCCAACCCUGAGCUCAACGAGGCCGCCGUAUGGUAAGGCCACCGGGCCGGGCCGCCCCCCCCGCGCUUGGCCUUGGGGACCCGCCCGGCCGGCCCCCGCCCCCCCAACCUCACCCCGGACGCAGCCUCCCUAAACCAAAACGCCCGACGUGGACACGGCUCGCUCUCUCUCGAGUCCGAACUCAACCGGCAGCUGCUUCUCGGCUGGGCGCGAAGGAGGAGGACCGCCCCCCGCCCCCCAUCUCCUUCCUCCCACCGCGGCCUCCCCGGGAACCCCCUGCCAGCGUCUCCCGGCAGCCGCGAGCGAUUUCUUGGGACCAAAGUUAACACUCCGGAGGGUCAAGAGAUUUCAAGCACGCUCUAGGCUUCCCCCGACCUCUCCCCCAACCCACACACCACCUCUUUGGACCAAGAGAGGGCUGAAGCCAAGGGAUGGAGACGAUUUCUUUUUCCCCCCCUCCCUGGAACCCGACUGGCAUUUUGUAAUCGUAUUUCUCACUCUGCUUUCCCGUCUU